AGAUUGGUUAUUGGACAGAAUGGUAUCUUAUCCACACCUGCUGUUUCAUGUAUCAUCCGAAAGAUCAAAGCAGCUGGAGGAAUUAUUCUAACAGCUAGCCACAGUCCUGGGGGACCUGGAGGAGAGUUUGGAGUCAAGUUUGAGGUUGCCAAUGGAGGACCUGCACCAGAUAUGGUUUCAGAUAAAAUCUAUCAAAUCAGCAAAACCUUGGAGGAAUAUGCCAUUUGUCCUGAUCUCAGAGUUGAUUUAUCACGCCUAGGAAGACAAGAAUUUGAUCUGGAGAACAAAUUCAAGCCUUUCCGAGUGGAAAUUGUGGAUUCUGUGGAUAUCUACCUCAAUCUACUUCGAAGUAUCUUUGACUUCAGUGCAAUCAGAAAUUUGCUGACUGGACCCAACCAGAUUAAAAUAAGGAUUGAUGCCAUGAAUGGAGUUAUGGGACCUUAUGUGAGAAGAAUCCUGUGUGAUGAAUUGGGAGCUCCUGCAAAUUCUGCCAUAAACUGUAUUCCUCUGGAGGAUUUUGGUGGACAGCCUCCUGAUCCCAAUUUAACAUACGCAACUGCCUUGCUGGAGGCUAUGAGAGGUGGCGAGUAUGGAUUUGGAGCUGCUUUUGAUGCUGACGGAGACCGCUACAUGAUCCUUGGCCAAAAUGGUUUCUUUGUUAACGCAUCGGAUUCAUUGGCUAUAAUUGCUGCCAAUCUGUCUUGCAUUCCAUACUUUUGUCAGAUGGGUGUCCGAGGAUUUGGCAGGAGCAUGCCUACCAGCACAGCCUUGGACAAAGUGGCAAAACUAAUGAAGGUUCCUGUGUAUGAGACACCAGCAGGAUGGAGAUAUUUUUCCAAUCUUAUGGACUCUGGACGUUGCUCGCUUUGUGGAGAGGAGAGCUUUGGCACUGGGUCUGAUCACCUUCGAGAGAAAGAUGGAUUAUGGGCUGUGCUAGUUUGGCUUUCAAUCCUAGCAGCUCGAAAGCAGAGCGUGGAGGAGAUUGUCAGGGAUCACUGGACAAAAUUUGGCCGGCACUACUACUGCAGGUUUGAUUAUGAAGCACUGGAACCCAGAACAGCAUAUUUCAUAAUGAGAGACCUGGAAGCUUUGAUCACUGACAAAUCGUUCAGCCAUCAGCAAUUUGCUGUGGGUAACAAUAUCUACAGUGUGGAAAGAACAGACAGCUUUGAGUACAUAGAUCCUGUGGAUGGCACUGUGACCAAAAGACAGGGGCUGCGGAUUAUUUUUUCAGAUGCUUCCAGGCUUAUCUUCAGAAUGAGUGCUUCUAGCCAUGUGAGAGCUACUCUCCGGAUCUAUGCAGAGAGUUAUGAAAAGGAUCCUAGCCAACACAAUAAGGAACCACAGGCUGUGCUGAGUCCUCUUAUAGCAAUCGCCCUGAAAAUAUCUCAGAUUCAUGAGAGGACAGGGCGAAAGGGACCCACUGUCAUCACCUGA